GUUGCAGGAAGGUCUACCAGCUGCUGGUCAUACCAUCGAGAAAAACAAGGCAAAGCGAGUAAACCGCGGUGUUCUCUCGACCGCACCAUACAAAGUGCAUGAGACACCAUCAGAACAUCAAUCGAUUUUUACGGAAGAAAGCGCUCGCGUACCUUUCUUAAGAAUAACUUCUAAUUAAAUAAUAGAAUACCAUCGUAUUGUUUAUAUCUAUUAAGGUGGUAUUAGUUUAAUUAGCGUGUCAGUGUUUUUUUUAAUCGAAGCUAUGGUCAAGGUGUAGGUGGUAUCAGAAAAAUAUAUCAAAGGUGUGUGAUUGUUUAGUUUUAAAAUAGUGAUGAUGUAUGUUGGUGUGGUAAUUUUGGCGGUUUUGGUAAAUCAGGCUUCGUCACAAGAUGGAUUUUACAACGUGAUCGGUCCAAGAAUAAUCCGUCCGAACAGCGAAUACCAUGCAGCAAUUAGCAUGCAUGCGACCUCCGGACCUACCAUUGUCACGGCUACUUUAGAGGGUCAAUCGGAGUCCGGAAUACCAUUUUUGAUGCAGUAUAAGGACACCAUACAACCUUAUUCUAGUACCGUUGCUCGCUUCGAGGUAGGAGACAUCGAGGAUGGUUUGUACAAACUUCAUGUUACUGGAAUAAAUGGCGUUGAUUUUGACGCGGAAUUUCCAUUGGAAUAUGUGCAGAAGAGUUACUCUGUAUUUAUCCAGACGGAUAGAGCAGUUUAUAAGCCAGGUUCCACCAUAAUGUUUAGGAUUAUUGCGCUUAAUCCGGCUCUGAAACCGGCUGCUGAAGUCAGGAAUGAACUUCUUCAUAUUUAUAUUCAGGAUGGAAAAGGCAAUAGAGUAAAAGAAUGGCGUAACAUAGAAGCAACAAAGGGCGUAUUUUCAGGUGAUUUAAAAUUAAGCGAAAGUCCAGUAUUAGGUAAUUGGAACAUUUCGGUAACCAUCCACGGUCAAACCUACAGUAAAUCAUUUGAAGUCGCCGGAUAUAUACUGCCCAAGUUUGUUGUAGACAUAAAUGUACCGAAACACAUCACAUUUAAAGAGAAAACUUUGUCUAUAGCGAUAGACACCAGAUAUAACUAUGGUAAAAAGGUGAUCGGUGAAGCAACAGUAACAGCUUAUCCAACGAUUUAUUCUGGUGUCAUCCAGCCAAUUUACCAAAGCCCCAUUAGAAAAGUUUUAAAAAUUGACGGAAGUACUUUGGUAGAUUUUGAUAUCGAAAAAGAUCUACGUCUAAACGAUGAAUACGAACGAGUGGUCAUAGUGGAUGUUACCAUCGAAGAAUUCCUUACUGGCCGAAGGCAAAAUAAUAGUGCUGAAGUACAUAUCCAUAAAUACAAGUAUAAAAUGGAUUUAAUUAAAAGUGCCGAUUAUUUUAAGCCGGGAUUAACUUAUACAGCUUAUGUGAAAGUGACUAACCAUGAUGGGUCUCCUUUAAGAGAUGAUGAAAGAGAUGUUACAAUAAGGCAUGGAUAUUCUAGACAAGAUGAGGUCUACGACGAAAGAACUCAUAGACUGAACAAAUAUGGGAUUGUAAAACUUCAAUAUGAUACUCCUGUGGAAGUCACAAAUACAACUGCCUUAAGAAUUGAGGCUGAGUAUAAGGACCUUAAAGAAAGAAUUUCACCAAUACCUGCUGCAGUUUCGUAUGGAAAUUCUUUUCUACAAGCAACAGUUGAGACUGAAAAGCCAAUUGUUAAUUUGGAUGUUGAAGUUUCUGUAAACUGCACUGAAUCUAUGAAAUAUAUUAAUUAUGUUUUAUUGGCGCGUGGUGAUGUCCUUAUGACUAAUUCGUUUCAAGUUGAUAACAGAAAGACAGCAAUGUUUAAAUUCACAGCAGUCCAUGCUAUGGUACCUGUUUCUCAUUUGAUUGUCUACUACAUCAAAGAUGAUGGCGAGCUUGUGGCAGAUGUGGUUGACAUUGAAGUCGAUGUGCUUUUUGAUAAUUUUAUAAAUAUUGACAUUAAUACCGAUGAAACAGAACCUGACUUGGACGUAGAGCUAACGGUCAGGGCCCGGCAAAACUCUUAUAUCGGUCUUAUGGCAGUUGACGAGAACGUUUUUAAUCUGCGCCCCGGAUAUGACAUAUCGUUGCAGGACGUGGCGGAAGAUUUACAAAAAUAUGAUGUGGCUCAGGAAUCACCUUAUGAAACAUUAUCCAGGCCAUCCAGAAAUCACCUUAUGUGGAAGCCUGGUGCCAGCAAUCCACAUUCUGCCGUAUAUGAUGCAGGAGCAGAUCUUAUGACAAAUGCACAUAUCAACCGAGCUAAACCAACAUUACAAGACAUCUACCUUCGUCCAGUAUUUUAUGGAUCAUCUACAAUAAAGCCAGAUAGAGGUUUUGGAGUUCACUUACCAACAGUUACUAGACCACCACUAGCAGGUCCAUACGCUUUCAGCAGAAUCCCAAAGCCAGUGUGGAAUAAACCUAAAGUUUAUCUUACCCAGAACGUAGCUGACACAUGGUUGUUUUCCAAUUUUUCAUCUGGUUACGAAGGAAAAACAUCUAUUAGACGUAAAGUACCUUCUACAUUAAACAACUGGUUAAUCAGCGGGUUUUCUCUGGAUCCCAUAAGAGGUUUGGCAAUAAUGGCUGAGCCCAAAAGACUAAAAGUUACCAAAUCAUUUGUGGUUUCUCUGGACCUGCCUUACUCUGUUCAAAAAGGAGAAAUUUUAGCAGUGCCAGUCGUUGUCUACAAUCAUAUGAAUCAGGAUAUUGUUGCAGAGGUCACCUUGCACAAUAUUGAACAGAAGUUUGAAUUUGCCGAAGUAUCCAAUGAAGUGAACUCCAAUAAAAAAGUCGAAUUGUAUCGCAGAAAGAAAGUACCAGUACCAAAAAAUUCUGGAGCUGCAGUGUCUUUCAUGAUAACUCCUUUACAAGCAGGGUCUGUUGAAAUAAAAGCUACAGCCAGUCAUCCCAGAAGCCAAGAUACUGUUGUAAAACAUCUGCAAGUAGAGAUUGGGGGUGAAACCGAAUAUUACUCUAAAUCGUUGUUAAUUGAUAUGAGACAAACAAGCAAAUUCAAGGGCUCUUUAAAUUUCACAAUUCCGAAAAACGCUUUGGAAGGCUCAGAAAAAGUCGAGGUAUUUACAGUUGGUAAUUUAUUAGGACCUACCAUGGUUCACUUGGAAGAACUUAUAAGGCUACCUGCAGGCUGUGGAGAACAAAAUCUGGUCCACUUCAUGCCCAAUUUAAUCAUACUUCAAUACUUGCAAAAUACACGUCAGCUAACACCUACAAUUGAAAAUGAGGCAAUUAGCUUUUUGGAAACGAGUUAUCAGACGCAGCUACAAUUUAAACGAACUGACGGUUCAUUCAGUCCAUUUGGGGAAAGGGAUAGUAACAGCAACGUUUGGUUGACGGCAUAUAUAGCUAUGGCAUUUAAGCAAGCAAAGCAAUUUAUCUAUGUUGAUGACAGUAUUAUUAAUUCUGCUUUGGAAUGGUUAUCUAAUAAACAAGGAUUGAAUGGUAGUUUUGUCGAAACAGGAACUGUAAUCUAUGAUGACUUACAAAAUAAAAAUGGAAAUAGCUUAGCACUGACUGCUUUUACAUUGAUGGCAUUUAUAGAAAAUCAGAGAAGUUAUACAGCCAAUUACACAAAUGUCAUCUACAAGGGUUUGGACUAUAUAACAAGAAAUAUGGAUGAAUCAGAAUCUACUUACACCUUGGCUAUUUGCAGUUAUGUUUUACAUUUGGCCAAACAUACUUCCAAACAGGGUGUUUUUAACUUGCUUGACUCUCGAGCUAAAACUGAGGAGGGCCUAAAAUGGUGGGCAAAGGAUACUCCUAAAAAUGAGGAAAAGAAUCCAUGGAGAUCACUUCCGCGAUCCAUAGAUAUUGAAAUGACUUCAUACGCUCUUCUAACUUUCCUCGAAGCAAAUCUUUUAGAUGAUGCAGUACCUGUACUGAACUGGCUCGUGAAGCAACAAAAUAAUUUGGGAGGAUUCACGUCUUCUAGAGAUACAGUUGUAGGGCUUCAGGCUUUGUAUAAGAUGGUUUUACGACUUUCUGGCCCUAUUAAUGUUCAAAUGGAGUUUACAUAUAAUAAGGGCAAAACUGGCAGAUUUAGCGUCAACCAGAAUACUGCUAUGAUACUACAAAGUACUGAGAUCGAUAAGGAAACUAGAGAAAUAAACGUAACAGCUCAAGGAACCGGUAUCGGAAUCUUCAAAGUAUCUUAUCAGUACAACAUGAACGUAACAGGUCCCUGGCCCCUGUUCACUUUAGAUCCUCAAGUAGACAAGAACUCCAAUAUUGACCAUUUGCAACUUUCGAUUUGUACUGCAUUUGUUAGCAGAAACCUUUCUUCUACCCCAUUAAGUAAUAUGGCAGUAAUGGAAGUGAACUUACCAUCAGGUUUUACCGCAGACAGGGAUUCCUUGCCUAGUCUAGAGGUAUCUCAAAAUGUCCAAAAAGUGGAAACGAGUCGCGGAGAUACAAGAGUGAUUUUAUAUUUUAAUAAUCUAACAAUUACCGAAUAUUGUCCCACUGUGUCUGCUUUUAGAACACAUAAAGUUGCCAAACAGAGACCUGUAGCUGUCGUUAUGUAUGAUUAUUACGACACUUCAAGAAGAGCUAGAAUAUUCUACAGAGGUCCCAAAGCGACGUUAUGUGAUAUUUGUGAAGAGGAAGAUUGUGGAGACAUUUGUGAGGCCGCUUUCAGGGCCCAAAAGAGCCAAAUAGAAGGAGGUAAUGGUAGUACCUCAGGAACUUUAAGUCUUUAUGCUCCGAGUUUGUCUUUGUUGGUUUUGCUUGUACAUUUUAUGAGAGUUUUUAGAUAGUGAUUGAGUGAUUGAUAGAUUUGUUAUUGUUUAUUUGUAAAGUUUUAUAACAAUAUUAAAUUGUACAUAUUUUCUUAUGCUAUUAAGUAAACAAUUAUUAAUAAGAUAAUUGUUAAUUGAUCUCUAACAAAUUUUAUAUAACAAUAAUUUUGUUUUUAUUUAAACCGUCUAUUAAUUUAGAUAUGUUAGCGGUAAAAACUUUUUAAAAUCAUAUUAAUACUACUAAUUAAUUCUAAUGUAGGUUAUACAUAUAUUACUAGGUAUAUAAUAAGAAAAUUCAUGUAAAACUUAAGUACAUAAAUUAACCGUUGCUGUGAUUUAAUAUAAAAUAUUUUGUUUAGCUAAUAAA